GAGACAGAGAGCUAGACCCUCCCAAGGAAUCGCGAUGCUGCCUGCAUCUGCUUUCUCGAGGACGCUUCGUGAAGUCGCACCAGGCUUGUCGAGGCGGUUCUUCGAAUGCAGCCGUCGCAAUCAUACCUCUCAGCUGAGCAAGCUCCAACCCCAAUCUACAGCCUCUCGAAGAGCGCAACCAACGUCGGUCACCAUCAGGCAGGCUCGGAACCUCACCACGCGUUGUGGUCCGUUAAUACGAAAUUGCAGUCGUCCGAAGCCUCAUUAUCCUUCGAACAACAGAUCGUCCACAGGUGCUGUUGUCCGAGGAUUCUCUGAAUCUGGCAACACCAAAGCCUCAGGCGCCGCGGACGAAGCUACAGGCCCAAAUACACAUGGCAAGGAUGCGGGAAAACAAGAAAGCCAGAGCAAGAGCAGGAGUUCCUUCCCAGAUACUUCCUCAAAUACUGUGGCCUACUGGCUGCUCGGCAGCGCCGCCAGUGUCUUUGGUAUAGUGGUGUUUGGAGGAUUGACGAGACUUACAGAGUCAGGUCUAAGCAUCACAGAAUGGAAACCCGUCACAGGCUCCCUCCCACCCAUGUCUGACGCAGACUGGGAGUCUGAAUUUGCCAAAUAUCGCUCGAGUCCCGAGUUCCACAUGCUGAACUCGCGCAUGACUCUCGAGGAGUUCAAGUCAAUUUACUGGAUGGAAUGGAUCCAUCGGCUCUGGGGUCGAUUUAUUGGACUCUCCUUCGUCUUGCCGGCCGCUUACUUCGUCGCACGGAAGCAGGUCUCCCGUUCCAUGGCCAUGCGAUUACUGGGCAUUGCAGGUUUGAUUGGAUUCCAAGGCUUUAUCGGCUGGUGGAUGGUGAAGUCGGGAUUGAAAGAUGACCUAUUUGCACCGGGUUCUCAUCCGCGCGUCUCACAGUACAGACUGACCGCUCACCUGGGCGCGGCUUUUGUCUGCUAUCUCGCCAUGCUCUGGAACGGCCUUGAAAUUCUACGAACGAACAAAAUCCUGCGUGUCUCCCCCGACACUGCAAAUGCGACGCUCAAAGGCUUGAGCAACCCCGCGUUAAGGCCCUUCAAGCGAUAUGUCUCGCUCCUUGCAGGUUUAGUCUUCAUUACAGCCAUGUCCGGUGGUCUGGUCGCAGGUCUCGAUGCAGGCUUGAUCUACAACGAAUUUCCAUACAUGGGACUCGGUCUGACCCCUCCGAGGAGCGAGCUAUGGGACAAAUUUUACUGUCGAGCACCUGACCACAGCGACCUUUGGUGGCGCAAUCUGCUCGAAAAUCCCAGUCUGGUUCAACUCGAUCACCGGAUCCUUGCCACGACCACUUUCACCGCAGUCAUGGCACUCUGGGCGUUCUCACGCUCAGCCACAAUGCAGAAGAUCCUACCCAGAGCAGCGCAAAGGGGGGUCCACGGUGUUGUCGGAUUUGUGUGCUUGCAGGUCGUCCUAGGCAUUUCCACGCUUUUAUAUUUGGUACCGACCGGACUGGCGAGCGCACACCAAGCAGGGAGUUUGGCAUUGUUGACUUGGACAAUCGUGUUGGGAAGUCGGGUCUGGUUCCCUACACAGGCUGCACGCAUUCUGGCCCAACGAAUGAUGGCGAAGGGAAACCUCGGUGGUACUACUGCUGAAAUGGCACAAAGGGCGGCUCUGAUGUCCUCGGCAGCAAAGGCAAAGUCAGUGAUGCCUGGUAGCCCUACCGCACUGGCUGCUAUGGGCUUCAUACCCGUUGUCACAGGCGUAGGUCUUGGGCUUGCUUCACACACAGAAGCUACAGUUGCGAGGCUGCGAGCCGCCCGAAUGGCCGAACAUCAGGCAGUCCCAGAGGUUGGACAAACGCGGUCCUCGCCAGUAUCGAAGACCUUGUAACACAAAUCAAUCUGGCGGAACUCCAAAUCUUCACUCUUGACAACCUUAUGUUGUGUUACAACGUUAGACUGUGAACCCUCACUUGGAAUUGUUCAUCUGCUCGUCACAAUAGCCACCUAUAACUAUUUGGGGAUCGCGUCUGAUAUACGGAGUAUUAGGUUGGGAGUCUCGGCGGCUAUAACUUGGUCUUUUCUGCCAUAAUGUCAGGAACUUCGUGGUUACCUCUACCCACCCACUACAGCGCCCAGUCAAUCUGCCAACAGUUGGCGAUGUUCCGUCUUUUUUGGCCUAGGCUAGGGUGAGACGCUUGUCCCUCACACAGCAACGCUUUUGGGGGUUGCAAAACCGCCGUUGAGCCAAGCAGGCCUCGACGCCCGUGACUGUGCUACCAACAACGUCGACCCCACCGACCUCGCCGAAGGCCAGCCCAAAGCAUGGCCCCAACAACAGCCGGGGAAGUGCAGCUUUCAAGACCUGCCGCGGGAGACGGUGUUUGGCACUGUGGACUUCCUGCCUUCGGCCUCUAAUGUGGCUUCGCCUUGAACCUGGUGUCCGAGGACUUCUACUCGAGUCUUGGGACCAUCUCAGCUUCCUCUGCCGCCAGACGAGGCGGUGUCGAAAGGAGGACUGCUGCGCGACCUCUGGAGACUGAUAUGCCCGAGCCGCUGCAUUGCGCGUGCUGCAAUAGAUUGUUCCGAUGGGAGCGCAGAAGCAUCGCCAGACAGGAGGUACAGGUGUCCCAAACUGCCGGGUAUCGUCUUGUAAUGCGCGAUCUACCAACUCUUGCCAUCGAGUUGCCUGACUAUGGAGUGGUGCUCAAUGAAUUAAUCGAAGACAGGGUGGCCAUCCCCAUGACGUUGAGCACGGCACGGCGAUGAGCAUAUUAGCACCUUCGAAGACGCGUUGUCGAAUCCGGCAACAUGGACGAUUGAUUGCCUGGCACUGGUCAAGCUUGGGCGGACACCAGUCCCUACAAACACAGCUUUUGUCCUUCGUGCGACGCCUGCAGCAACAUCAAUCACGUUUUUCUCUUGCUGGAAAAAAGUUCACAUGGUCGCCCUGUUAAUGCACCGACCUGUCUGGUUAUGUGUAAGACACGACCCAGUAUCUGGUAUCCUCCCGCCGCCCUGAUCCCGAUGGCUCCUCCCACAGCUGGACGGUCAGCAGUGCAGACCGAGCCCGUGUUCGGGUGACCUCUGGACAGUCUCUCGGUUCGCGAACACUCAUGGGGAAAGGAUGCGGUCGGGCAUUUAUUGGCCCUCCUCUUCUUUUCUGCGGCUUGAAACGGAGUUCCGCCGGGUUUGCACUAUUCUUUAUCACGUCCGUAACCGAUUAGGAAACAGGAAGGGGGGCUUUGAGCAAAGCAGACACUCUCGACAGGGUGCUUGGGAGUUCCGAAGAGAAGAAGCAAACAAAUACGCAGACCGGAGUAUGGCAUACACGUUGGGGUUGAGAGAGCGGAAGGCGGGAGGACAGGUUUGAGGAAUUUUGCGGCUCGAGCAAUGUUUGAUACUUUCUCUAGGAAAUCCUACGCAAGCUACUAAUAGUAUUACGGAGUACGUACCUUGUAUCUCAAUCAGGAUGUUGCAGAUGGUGGCGCGGAAUCACCGGGUGAUGGAAC